CGCAGUUAUGGACUCUGGUGACCUGCGGUAUAUAUACCGCAUUAAUUUACUAUAUGUAUAGUUAACCAAACAAGAAUUAACAUUUUCGCAGUAAAAAUUAUUCUAUUUCAAGCUGAUGUUAUUGUGUAUAAGAAUAUAACUUCAUUGUAGUUAAAAUACUUAUUGGAAAAAAGGAAGAGAUUAUUCUUGAUACAAUGAACGUUCUGAAACCAGAAUUAACUUGGGUAGAUGGUAGAUGUUACAGGUUAUCGGCAAAUACCGAGUGGUCUAAUGCUCGUAAUCUUUCUCCUUAUGUUGAAGACAAUUGUCACUUAGAUUACAAUGAUUAUGAAGAUGAACAUUGUGAUUCUAAUAUAGAAAUUGUACCAUAUGGAGGAUCAAGAUUUAAACACACAUUUCAUGUAGCAAAAACAUUUUUCCCAAUUAUUAUUGGAUCCAAAAAUGCAGUUCGUAAGAGAUUAGAAACUGAAACAAAAACAACUAUACAGAUUCCAAAAGUUGGCCAAGAUGGAGACAUUGUGAUAGUUGGUAGCUAUCGUAAAGGAAUAAUUACAGCACGUCAUAGGAUAGAUUUGUUAAUGGAAGCAAGAAGAAAAAAGAUUCCUAUCACACAUUUUAUAUCAAUACCACUGAAUGAGGGUCAUAUAAUAAUGAAAUUCAAUAUGUUCAAAAGUGAUGUACUUACACAUUUUGAAAAAACCUCCAGAGGUAUUGAUAAAAUGUUAUUUCAAACACCAAGCAAAUUACAUCUUACUAUAGUGGGAUUAACGUUGCUCGAUGAUACCGAAAGAAAUCAAGCUAUCAAGGCUUUAAAUUACUGUGAAGACCAUAUCGUGAAACCUAUGAUGGAAAAACAUCAACAAAUUCGUAUAUGCUUACAAGGAACCGAUAUAAUGAACGAUGAUCCUAGCGAAACAAAUGUUUUAUACGCAAAAGUAAUCGAUCCGGAUAAUGUUUUGCAAGAAAUGGCAAAUAAAAUUUUAAAUCACUUUAGUAAUAUAGGAUUAAUAAUGCCACUCAACGACACAGUAAAGUUGCAUGUAACUCUCAUGAAUACCAGAUUUAUGCUAGAUGACGAGCAACGUGAACAAAAACCAAAGAGAUCGUUGAACACAUUUGAUGCGACCGAAAUAAUGAAAGCUCACAAAGAUACAUUUCUUGGAGAAACUAUAUUAAAAGAGAUUCAUCUAUCGCAACGUCUCACAAUCAGUAGUAAUGGAUAUUAUCAAGCAACUGCAAAAAUUACUUUACAUUAAUGUUUGUGAUUCACAGAAUUACAUUAUCUCUACAU